AUGAAAUUCAACCUAAUCAUUGCCAUCAUCUUUAAUCUAACGAUUGGUCUAACACUUGUGCCACUCAUUGAAAGUACAUAUGGCAUGCUUUCAAUCAUGCAAAAUGGAUAUGAAAUAAGAAAUGGAGGUUCAUAUGCUCACAAUGGUUUUAGUGUUGAAGUGUAUGAUGAUGUAAAAAGUUUUAACCUUUCAUUCUAUGUCCAGCUUUCAGGUGAAAAAGAUAAGUAUCGUGGACCAUUCACAAAUGACUGGGAUUACGAAUGGAAAUUUACUGGUAGUGAAGAUAGUUGGGAUAUUGAAGAGCUAUCCUAG